UUACUCCGAAUUUGAUAAAUCUUUUACGCCACACUGAACUUACACUUAAACGCAAAGAGGUCGCUGGCAUGUGAGCGAGUGCCAGUGAGGAAGUGUACGUACAUAGAGAGAGAGAGAGAGAGAAAGAUGGAAGAUAACAAUGGAAGUAGAAAGCUGGAUCGGAAAACUGUAAUGGAAGAAGAAAACCCAUUUUGAAUUUCUUAAUAGGGAGGGAGGAGGGUUCGUAAAGAUUCGAAUUUUGGAGAGUUUUAAUGAGUGAUGGCGAAGACAGGGGUAACAGAAGGAGGUGAUCCGGCUCCGGCGGCGCCGCCGGGGGCGGCGGAGUUGAAGGAGGAGUUGCAGAGGGCGGUGAAGGCAGUAGUAAGCGAGGAUGGUGUCAAUGCGGAGGCCAUUGAUAGAGCCCAGCAAGCACUAUGCGCCUUAAGAGGCCUCCACCCUGAGCAGAACAACAACUCUUUUCCGGCGGAGUUCCGGUGCCCGCUUUCCGGCGAACUCAUGAAGGACCCCGUCGUUGUUUCUUCUGGCCAGACUUAUGACAGACCAUUCAUUCAGAAAUGGUUAAAUUCUGGGAAUAGGAUAUGCCCACAGACACAACAGGUGCUCUCACACACUAUUCUUACACCUAAUCACUUGAUUAGGGGUAUGAUAUCAAACUGGUGCAAGGUUAAUGGGAUAUGGUUCCCGGAUCCUCCUGUUCAGUGCUUGAACGAGGAUGGCGUCGUUACGGAUGCUGAUCGCCACAACUUUCUCGUCUUGCUCGAGAAGAUGUCCUCGAGUUCGUGUGUGCAGAGAAGCGCAGCGAGGGAGCUGCGUUUGUUGACGAAGAGAAUGCCUUCGUUCAGGGCGUUGUUUGGGGAGUCGAUGGGAGCAGCCAUGCCUAAGUUGCUGUCCCCUUUCUCUCGAGUCGAUGUACACCCUGAUCUCCAAGAAGACAUAAUCACGACGAUCUUGAACCUCUCCAUCCAUGAUAGUAACAAGAAGCUCGUGGCAGAAACCCCGAGGGUGAUUUCUGUUCUUAUUGAUUCGUUAAGGUCCGGGGCGAUUGAGACGAGGAGCAAUGCAGCUGCUGCCAUCUUUACACUAUCAGCUCUUGAUUCCAAUAAGGCGCUUAUUGGGAAAUCGGGUGCCUUGAAGCCUCUUAUUGACCUCUUAGAAGAAGGGCAUUCUUUGGCGAUGAAAGAUGUUGCUUCAGCUAUUUUCGUUCUGUGUGUUCUCCAUGAGAACAAGGCGAGAGCUAUCAGAGACGGGGCGGUUAGAGUCCUCGUCGAGAAGAUUAUGAACAGAGUUCAUGUCGAUGAACUACUAGCCAUCCUUGCUAUGCUGUCUAGCAACCAUAGAGCAAUCGAGGAAAUGGGAGAGCUCGGGGCUGUCCCAUCCCUGCUUAGUCUAAUCCGGGACACAUCUUGUGCCCGGAACAAGGAGAACUGCAUCGUUAUCCUCUAUGCAAUCUGUUCUGCUGAUCGAACGAAGUUGAAGGAGAUCAAGGACGAGGAGAGUAGCCACGGUACGAUCUCCCAGCUCGCUCAAAAUGGCACUUCACGGGCCAAGAGGAAGGCUAGCGGGGUUCUUGAUAGACUCAACAGGGGAGUCGGUUUCAUCCACACUGCAUGAUGAAGCUCACACAAUCUGUACAUUCUUCGCCUUUUGAAUGUUCUGUAUAUUCAUUCCAUCUAGUCGAGGUUUUAUCAAUAACACCCACAACCAAUAUCAUCAGUUCAUUCGUUCAUCUAUAAGCUUGAGAAGCUCAAAUAAAGCAGCAUGUUUCCAGUUUUCCAAAGAGAGCGACACCAUUGUAAAACUUAUUACUGCAAAUAUCUCUAUUGAGGGCUCACAGGGCGACGAAGAAUCCUUCCAACUUCUUUGCUGGCUCUGUGGGUGUACUUUGUUUGGGCAUUAGAAGAGUCAAAACAUCAUUGCCACUAUCUAUAUCAGGUCCAGGGAUGAAUGAAUGAGUGGUUUCUGUCUUACUGAAGGGGUUAGGGUGGUGCUCUGAUCCCUACUAGUGUGGUCCUUCCAAUGUGCAAUCCAACCAGCCAUGUCAGGUUAGGAUGUAUCAUUCAAACAUCUGGCUAGACCGCAACUGCAAAGCCAGAGGAUCGAUUCUUGUAUGUAUGUGUGUGUAUAUGUCAAAAAGAGCUUCAGACCAGUCUUUCUAUCGAGUAAGAGUCAAACUCGCCUUGUACCCGGACCAAACCCAGAUCAGUCUCACAUAGUAGAGAUAUCGGGUGUUAUACGUUGAUACAAAAAUAUCUAGCAAGCCCACCCCCCACCCCCACCCCAUCAUUGUAGUAAGAGUCAAACUCGCUCUGUACCCGGACCAAACCCAGAUCAGUCUCACAUAGUAGAGAUAUCGGGUGUUAUACGUUGAUACAAAAAUAUCUAGCAAGCCCACCCCCCCCCCCCCACCCCAUCAUUGUACUAAUCAAGUGACUCAUGGUCAUAUCAGCAGUGUGUUGUAAAGAGGGAAAUUGAAUCCUAGAAUUUCUGUAUGAAGCUUUUGUUU